AGGCCCAGAAUUAUUGAGGACCACAGACCAAGAAAGUCGUGCCCUUAUAAUGGUGAAGUCGUAUUCAAGGAUUACUCCACCAGACAUAGAACAGAAUUGGACUUGGUUUUGAAGAACGUUAACUUAUCUAUCAAACCUCAUGAGAAAAUCGGAAUUGUUGGAAGAACUGGUGCAGGAAAGUCGUCUUUAACCCUUGCAUUGUUCAGAAUCAUUGAAGCUGCUGGAGGACAUAUUGACAUUGAUCAAUUGAAUACGAGCACUAUUGGAUUGGCUGACUUGCGCCAUAAGUUGUCGAUUAUUCCUCAGGAUGCACAAGUGUUUGAGGGUUCGAUUAGAAGCAAUUUGGAUCCUACUAAUAUUUACACUGAUGAACAAUUGUGGAAAUCCUUGGAGUUAUCUCACUUGAAGGAUCAUGUUUUGAACAUGUAUGCUGAGAGAAGCACCGAGGAAAGCGACAUUACCAGUGCUUUGGAUGUGAAAAUGAGUGAAGGUGGUUCGAACUUGUCGGUUGGACAAAGACAGCUCAUGUGUCUUGCCAGAGCUUUGUUGGUGCCAUCGCCAAUAUUGGUACUUGACGAAGCCACAGCUGCAGUUGAUGUUGAGACCGACCAAGUUCUUCAAGAAACCAUUCGUAGUGAGUUUAAGGACAGAACUAUCUUGACAAUUGCUCACCGUUUGAACACUAUUAUGGACUCAGACCGUAUCGUGGUAUUGGAGCAUGGAGAAGUGGCUGAAUUUGACACUCCAGCUAAUCUUUUAAAGAGAAAAGAUUCAUUAUUCUAUUCCUUGAGUAAGCAAGGAGGCUUUGUUGAUGAAGAGGAAGAAGAAGAUAAAGAAGGCAAGGAAACAUAA